AUGCUCCGAGUCCGUCCUCCCACACCCGCCCUCCCCAGUAUCCUCCACUUCAUCCUUGUCCCACGGAACUGUGCCGCCAUGUCUACCGAAAAUUCACAAGAGAGCCCUGCAGUCAUGUAUCAUCAAGCCCUCCGUUCAUUUCAUCGUCGCGAGCUCGGACUUCUUGCUGCGCGCAGAGUGGUGAAUAAUACCCUUCCGCUGCACUAUGAGUUGUACCCUGCGCAAAACCGCGUUGUGCUUUCCGUCACGUUGGAAUCUACCUCGCAACAUGAGAACUCUCAGGAGGACCGCAGCAUCCAGCGGGCGGGCCGUAUCUCUCAACACGAAGCCCCAGGCCAGUCCGCCCUUCCGCAGUCCAGAGCCCCAAACUCUGCUGCUCGUCCGAACGCCCCCUCUUCAGUCAAGAAGCGCAACUUGAGGGGGGCAACUUUUGCGGCCGACGACUACAUUCACGACAUCCGUGUAGCUGCGCAGCCCGAUAGCAGUGUCGAAAGCUACCUGGAUUGCUUCCACAAGGACGACACCGAGCUGAUCUUCCCUGGCAACUAUGAGCCUUCUCAGACAAGCUACGGCCUUCCUCAGCCCUCUGCUACUUCGUAUGGCCCUCCGCAGGACGCCCACUUGCAGCAUGCCGGUGCGGGCCAGGGCGGUUUUGGGCUUCAUACCCCGUUCCCCCCGCCGAGCGCCUUCAGAGAAUUUCCCUUUUCUCAUUACCACCCUGCACAGCACACCGAUUAG